AUGAGGGAAGUGAAUCUACUCAACCGCCUUGCCCGUCAGUUCCUGUUCCUCAUCGUAUUGCUGACCCAGAUGUGCGGCGUCACCACGUUCGUCUAUAGCUCAAAGGCCCAAGGCUUUCGGCAAUCCGGAAUCCUGCGGUUAUACUCCAGCCUAAUACUCUCCCUGGUGGCUUUCGUUCUCGUCAUUAACAUAAGUAAAAUGUUUGAUAAGCUGCAAGUUGUGUGGCCAUAUCUGGUUGGCAGCAUUGUGAUGCUGGUAGUUCGUGUCCAGGGAUUUAUGGAUAGUUCGGAUAUCGUUGAGUUGCUGAAUGAAAUUCUUGAAAUACUCAGACAGGUUAAGGUGAUGGCCAGGAAUCCGAAUAUCUUUCGCUUGAGGCACUUUAUGCUGUUACUCUUGACUCUGCAGAAUCUUCUACGAUCUCUUACUAUGCUGAUAGGAUUUAAAAAGUUCUCCGAAGAAGCCUAUGAUACUUUGGCCAAUACCAUUCUAAUGCUUAUCCUGCUGGGAGUUCUUUUGAGUUUCCUCCUCCAGAUCACCCUCAAUAUCUGCCUGUUUGUGGUGCUCAUUGCUGUUUAUAAUGAACUUCAUCGUGACAUUCAGAGGAUCUCGAAUGAUAUGGAUAAGCUAGGAGCAAGCCAGGUUCUUGAAAGUGGUCAGUUUUUGGUUUUAGUAGAGCAACUUCAAAGGAUCACUGAGCGAGUGAUUCGAUUGCGUUGGAAAGUUUAUAAUCUUACCCUAAGGAUCAUCCGGCACUUUAGGUUUUAUUGGCUGUGUGCUAUUACCUACGGAUUGAUACCCUUUCUAGGCUUUACGGCCAUAGAUCAUCAUGGCUUCUACUACCUUACUGUAUCAGCGUUGAAUAUAAUCUUUCAGUGCACCAUUUUCAAGAUACUUUCAGGGGAGUCAAGGAUCAGCAGAAGUUUUUCUAGCUUUCAGCUGGGCAACUAUCUUAAAGAGAUAGAUAGAAUAAUUGAGGAACUUCUGCAUCAGGAAAUCAGGACAACCAUCCAAGUCACCAUAUAUGGCAUAACACUAGAUACGAGAUUCCUGAUGAAACUACUCUCCAUCAGUGCCUUUUGGGUAUUGGUUAACCGGCAGGGGUACUUACACCUCCAUUGUACUCACUAG